GACGUCUUUGACGUAAUUAAAAUUCAUCAUUUUACCGAAAGAGAUUACAUGGCCUUUUAAAUAUCUUAGAAAAAGAACAUACGCUGUACUGAUCCGGAAGUCACAGCAACAUUUUGAACGUUGCCAGAUUUAGGAGAUGGGCGAAGUGAAGAAGAGAUUUUGGAGUGCGAUUUUUGGACGAAGACCUACAAGCGGAGAGAAGUGUAUGGCGAUGGUGGAGAAAGGUGAAGCAUUGUACCAUCGUCCCGUGGUACAUCCAGAGGAACCACAAAUCAGUGGAUCUGGGCCCGAAUUCACGGAGCAUUUUCGACACCCGGAGGGUCCCGAAGCUAGUGCAUCUUUGCCCGAUUUUUCGGAGCAUCCCAGACGCAUUAAAUGGGUGCAGCCGAACAUUUAUCUCAUCAAAGAGGCAACCAGAUUCAGAUUGAGACUGGCUUAUAUCAGCCACGAGCAGCUCGAGGCCGAAAUGUGGCCGGAAGACUCCAAAUUCAACCGCAAUCGGCUUCAUCCGGAUCAUUUCGUCGGACGUCUACCUCCACAAUUGAAGAAAGACAAGAAAUUCUCUUGCUGCUGUUUCGGGCCUUGUCUCACGGAAGCCGAUUGUGAGAAUUUAGCAGUUGGAGAAGAUAUAAUUUAGAACAAAGAAUCUUCUACAAUCCUCCAGUUCAUUAGGACGAAAGUGCGACGCAUUUUAUCAAUUUGAGACUUUUCUCCCAAACUAUAACCCGGCUUUUGUGUUUUAACUGUGAAUGGUCAUUUGCUACAUUGUGCUUGUGAUUGUGAUUCCAUCCAUGUUCUUAGUUUCAAACUCUUCAGAAACGGACUGAAAUUUAUGCGAAUCAUAAUUGUGACUUGAGUAUAUUUUAAUGUUUAUAUUCAUUUAACGUUUUAUUUGUAUUUUAAUUUAAGAAAUAUAAUAAAG